UAUCUUUACUUUUAGCAAUGGCGAAAAAUAGUUGAUUAAAGUUGGGUACUAAUUAUUAUUUUCAGUAAGAAAAUAACAACUCCUUGACGCGUGCAUGUCCUUUAAACUCUCAAUCUCCAAAUUCCAAAACCCAACAAAAAAAAAAUCCUCUGAAAUUUACUAAAAUUAAUCUCUUCUUGCUUGUGUUCAUCGUCUUCAUCGUAAUCCUCUGAAACAUUGAAAAUAUUGGCAAGAAGUAGAUAAAACUUAAAACCCAAGAAACAGAGAUUCUUACGUUUUGGAAUCAUGGAAUCAUCUCAAGAACAAAGUUUUUUUAACCCCACGAACCAAAGCUCGAAAAACCUAGCUUCUAAACCUGAGACAGAAGAUCCAAUCUCAAGACUUUCUUCUUCUUCUUCCUCUUCUUGUUCUUCCAUAGAAGCCGAACCAAGACCUGAUCAGAAUCUAAACAACAAUGUAGAGCAAUCUCCUCCGACACAGGUCAUGGAAAGAUCCACAAACAACACAACAACAACAACAACAACAACGACUUCGAGCCCUAAUACACCUCCUUACAGAAUCCCUUCACAUGUUUUCGCAAGAACAACCUCUACAGCUCCAGAAUGGAGCACUAUGUCCAAUGAAUCUCUUUUCAGCAUCCACAUGGGUAACAAUAGCUUCACGGGUGGAGAUUAUUUCAAAUCCGGCGAGCUCACGUUUCCUCAGCCUCCUUCACCAAUAACUCCUCCUUUGCCUUCGCCUUUACCAUCCCCUCCCCACAACGCGAACCAAGGAGGAGCCGUAGGACCUGCGGCUGAGGUAAAAACUCCGGUGGAUAUAGGCAAGAAAGCAGCUGAAACAGAUAAAGCUUACCGCGCAAGUAAAGAAGACGAGCAAAAAGCUGCAGCAAGUAUAAGAGAGGUUAUCAUGGCUAAUGAAGCAGCUAACAAAGACAACAACAAUAACAACAAUACCAAAACCAAUAAACUGGAUCGUUCUGUUUCUCGUCGCUCAGAAGAUUUAAGCCUCAAGUCUUUCGCUUUUCCAGUAUUGGGGAAUGCAGACAAAGGCGGGUUACAAGGUUCCACGCCUCAAAAGAAGCAGGGAAAGCCUUCGCAGCCAGAGACACCGCAGAUUUCGACUGAAACUGAAAGAGAUGAAGGAUUGAAGAAAGAGGAAGCUCCUAAAUCAGUAGCUCCUAAAGCAGAAGCGGAACGUGCUUCUAAUCGCAACCCCAACUGGCUCUCUUGCUUCCCUUGUUGCACAACCUUCUGUGUCUAAUGGAAACAUCUUUUGAGGGGAUUGCGUUUGAUUUGUUUACCAUCUUUAAGUUUGAUAGAGAAAUUAUUUCCUUCUUCUUGGUAUUAUAGAAGUUUGUUCCAAGAUUUACAAAGUCCUUUUUAACUUUUGUAUUUAAUCUUGUGAAGUAAACAAUUACGAUUUGAUAAAGUUGAGUUUUUUU